AGAGAGAGAGAGAGAGAGAGACAGUCAGUCAGCCAGCCCAGGUCUACCCAGGCGCUAGACGUCAAGCGCGGGAUUAAGGGCAGGGCAAAGACAUAGCGCCUUAUAUCCCUUGGAGAGCCUGACAGGGAUACAGAAGGCGAGAGAGCUGCAAAAGGGGAGGAAGAGGAAGAAGAAGCGGCUGGUCCAUUGCCGUUGGUUUCCAUGAAGCGCAGCUAAAGCAACGCCGGGCGCCAAAAAAGGGGGGACUGAGUCCUGAGUCCCUUUUUGGAGAUGAGGAGAAUGGGAUAUAAAUCCCUGAAAUAAAUACAAACCCCAAAAUUCUGCAGGAGACAGAAACCAAAAUUAAAGUGGAUUCAUUCUAACCAUUGUUGUGAGGAAAUAUCAGAGAAAAUAAAGAGGAAACACCAAGAACUGUGCAGCCUUGGAGGCGGAGGAGGAAGGCAGGAGAACAAGCCUUGAACAGUCAAGAUUAUAUUUAUUUUCUUUAUUUUUAUCCUAUCUUGCUCCCAAUCAUCAUACCUCAAGGUCAGAUAGUGUUGAUAUGGAUGCUUUGGGCAGCCUAGAGACAAAGUGGAUGCCAGUGAUGGCUAUGUAAACAACAACUCUGCAAAGCCUCUGAAUCCCUUAAAAUGGAGGAACUGUAUAAGGACACGCAAAACCUGCCCAUGGAUGUUACCAACUCUCCUUCAACUAUGGCUAACAACAAACUGGAAAAUGGAGUUGCCCAACUGAUAACUGCAGAAGCAUGGAAUAUAAACUCGUCUGACUUGAUGAAGAAAGCACUUUCGCCCUUGGUAUCAGUCCCUACUCCAUCAAUAUUAACCCCGCCUGCUGAAUCCCAAAGUGGGGUAGCUCUCAAGGUAGCUGCCACCGUGCUCCAGCCCAUUUGCUUAGGGGACAGUCCAGUAGUUCUGCCAAUACAUCUGCAAGUAGCUGGGAGUACUGCUCCUCAGAUUGCUCCUAACAGUAACACUCCAUAUGUCAUGACCACUCAAGGCCCAGUCCCACUGCCUCUCCUCUUAGAGCAACAUGUCUUUCAGCAUUUAAAUUCUCCCCUAGUUUUAUCUCAGAGCUCUCCCUGUGCUACCAACACUAUGCACAACAAUAUCUUCCAGGGCUCCUCUUCCCCAAUGGGACAACCACAACUCUUGGAUCAGAAACCAUCCAAUCCAGCUCAGGAGUCCGUCUUGCCUCCUGUGUUUCAGACACCAGGGUUUGCUGCCGUUCUGCAGGACCUCUUUCCCUCACAAGGCGCCUUAGGUUCCUCACCCUAUCAGCCAUCCCCAGAUUGCUCUUCUGUCCCACCACAACCCUUCAGUUCCCCUUUGUCUCCAUUGGUUCCUCCAGCCACGCUCUUGGUACCAUACCCUGUGAUUGUUCCUCUGCCGGUCCCAGUCCCUGUGCCCAUUCCCAUCCCCAUCCCUGUUCCCCACAGUGCUGAAUCUAAAGUCAACCUGGACUGCUCCAAACUGGCAAGUUCCUUUGUCUUGCAUUCCUGUAAAGGCACCCAAACCCCCUUGGAGAAAGAAGAAAGUAAGCCAUUUGAUUUCAUCCACCACCGGGGACUCUCCCAGCUGAGUCGGCACACUGUUAUUAAGAUGGGUAAUGAGAAUGAGGUUCUUGACCUGUCCAUGAAAGCAGCCCCUUUGGUUAAGGAAAGUGAGGAGAGUUCCCAUUCCCAGCUUUCACCUGAGGAAGGUGUCUUGGACUUAUCCAUUCCCUCAUGUCGGAAAACGAGCAACACUGAAACAAUAAGUACCAGUCACUUUGGGCCUAUCUUGGAAGGUCCCGUUCAUUCCAUGACAGACAAACUUCCUACUUCUGUUUCUCCUUUUGUUCCUUCAAAACCUCAUGAGAGUCCACCCAAGGCUGCUGAGAACAGAGUGAUCAGCAGUAGUUCAUCUGAACACCUGAGACAGCCGCCAAAGUGGCUGGUGGAUCAGACUAAUAUUGCAACAUGUGAGCCCUCGGCUGCCAAUAACAUUGAAAUCGUAAGCACCUCACAGACAGCCAAAGUGAUAGUCUCUGUCAAAGAUGCAGUGCCUACUAUUUACUGUGGCAAGAUUAAAGGCCUCUCAGGGGUCUCAACAAAAAACUUCUCCUUCAAAAGGGACAUGCCUCAGGACUCGGUUCUUCAGUGUUAUGAUGUGAAGAACCAGCCAGAAGCCCGGGAUAAUGCAGAAGCUCUUAGGAAACCUAUAAAAAACAGAAAUGUCAAGUUAAAGAAAAUGAACUCACAGGAAAUACAUAUUCUUCCAAUCAAAAAGCAGCGACUGGCAGCCUUUUUUCCAAGAAAGUAAUUUAUGAAGUUUUAGAACAUUUUACAGUAUAAUUAUUAUGAAUAAAGAGAUGUACUUCAUUUGAAAUUACAUUUAAAUCUUUAAACUAUCUCUUCUAAGUUAUUUGGUGGUGGGGGACUCUGGGGUGGGGUGGGCUAAGGAGAAGAAGACAACAAGAGAGACUGGGAUAUAUCUUCUCAUUGCAAUGGCUCUCCCUAUAUUUCGUUCAAAUUUUCAUUACAAGUAAAUGAAAAGCAACAUAUUUUUCAAGUGAUGGCACAUUUUGCAGCUUUAAUGGGAUAUAAUGGAUGAGUGAUUAAGAGGGGUAAGAGCUAUUUUCACUGCCAUAAAGUGCUUUGAUGAUGUAAUGCUGAGCAAUGGUGAGUAGAAUGGACUUUUCAGAAUAAAUGUUUGUACGUGCUAA